AUAAAUAAUUUUAGGGAGAGAAAAAAACACGCUUCUCUUUCCUCACCACUCUUGAGCGAAAGCGAACCCUAUCCGCGAUCACUGCGACAGCGUUCUCUCCGUUCAUCCUCUUCGAUUCCUCCAUCGCCAUGGCCGAUCACGCUGAGAUCUCAGAAUGGGAGGACUAUCUCCACUCCUCCUCCCUCUCAUCCGAUCCCAAUCCCUUCGUUCUUGACGCCGCCGCUACCACUGACGACGCAGGCGCCAUCCAACCUAACUAUUUCUCCCUCUCCUCUGCUCCCCGCCGCCCUCCAUCUGAGCCCAUGUCCGAUGGCUCCUCGGAUUGCCCCAGCUGGGUUGAUCCCGAUUCCAAUCCUCCUUGCGUUGAAACCCCCAAAUUUGAUGUCUUUCGGAAGAAUCUGGUUGGUUCGUGGUCCGAUGGCUCGUCGACUCCUCCUGAUAGUGAGAAAGGUGAGACCUUUCGUGCUUCUGAUCAGAAAUUCCAGUCUGAGUUUGAUGGGAUUGGGGAGAGUUCUCAGGAAUCGGAUGGAAACAUAGUGAGCGAGUCGGAUGGCGAGCAAUUGGUGGAAAUGAACCGUGAGGAUGUGGAAUUGGAGAAAGUUGGGAUCAGGGUUGGGGUUGGGGAUGGGGAUGGUGAUCCGGAGAAGAAGGGAACAGUUUGGUGGAAGAUGCCGAUGGAGGUGUUAAAGUUCUAUAUUUUGAGGGUGAGGCCUAUUUGGUCGGUGUCCAUCGCUGCAGCCAUUGUUGGGGUUGUGAUGCUGGGCAGGAGGUUGUACAAGAUGAAGCACAAAACCAGGAGUGUUUCUCUGAAGGUUAGCUUGGAUGACAAGAAGGCAUCUCUGUUCAUGUCUCGAGCUGCUCGUCUCAAUGAAGCAUUCUCAGUUGUGAAACGAGCCCCCAUUGUACGUCCCCCACUACCUGCUGGUGGCGUUACACCAUGGCCUGUGUUAGGCUUUGCCUUGAGUUGAUUGCUGUUCCAUUCACCAAACACAUGGGAAGUAUAUAUAUAUAUAUAUACAUAUUAUGUAACAUUAAUGUAGUGCUCAUAAAAUAUAUCUGCAGUUAAUAUUCUGCUAGUUACUGUGAUGAAGCAAAAGGAUGAAAAGUAAAAUGUGAUGUCCAUUGUGUAAUUAUCAUCAGUAAGAAAGCUGGUUUGACUUGUAUGCAUUUUUCUGGGAAUUGCUGUGUU